AUGGAAGACCCAGGCUUGCGAACUUGUAUUUUCUUGAAAUUUGGAGAGUUCAAGAAAUAUUGCGGGAAAAGGUUGAAAAUGAAGGUCACCAAAUCUGAGAUAGACACAUAUUUGAAGGACAUAUUGAUUAAGCAUGAUGAUAAUGGUGAUGAAGAUUCUUUCAGUAUUUUGCAAUGGUGGAAGGAUAAGGAAUCUAAGUAUCAAAUUCUUUCACAAAUAGCACGUGAUCUGUUGUCAAUUCCAAUAACUUCUGUUGCUUCAGAAAAAGCAUUUAGUGCAGGAGGUCGAAUUGUUAAUGAUAGUCAUAGUUCAUUGAUGCCAAAAACAGUUGAAGCUUUGUUUUCUGUUUUGAUGUCAAGUGUUCAUGACUCAUGCUUGUGUGAAGAGCUUCUAUAUGAAGAGGUGGCUGUUAUUGUGGCUAGAGGAAGGGAUGAUUCAUUUUCAAGUUUUGGUUUCUUGAGAUUCAGAAGUCCAUCAGGGAUCUACUGUUCUUGGAAUCGCUAUGGUUGUGAACUUGCGGUGGCUGAGGAAUUGGGACUUGAGAUGGCAAUUCGCUCAUAUGUGAAAGUUCCCCUUAUUGCAGCUCGUUGCAAUGACAGCAACCAUGCUACAGCUGUUGACCAUGCCAGCUAUUCUGCUAAUGCAUUUGCUCGUCUAAGUGCUGCGUAUGGGGGAACCUACAUGCUGAACAAGCCUGAGUGCAAGGUGGAAUUUGAUGAAAGUGGAAAUGCUUUUGGCGUGACAUCUGAAGGUGAAACUGCUAAGUGCAAGAAAGUUGUAUGCGAUCCAUCUUAUUUACCAAACAAGGUUAAAAGGGUUGGGAAGGUUGCCCGGGCUAUUUGUAUAAUGAAUCAUCUCAUUCCAAAUACAAAUGAUUCACACUCAGUACAAGUUAUUCUGCCUCAGAAACAACUUGAACGCAAAUCAGACAUGUAG